AUGAAUAACCUUAAUGAACGAAGUCUUGAUAACUUUGGCAAGUUGUCUGAAUAUAUCGAGUAUUUACAAGCCCAAAAUCUAGCAGCGAAAACGAUUGAACUUUAUAAAUCAGUUAGUAGAUGUUAUGGCGAUAGAGAGUUAAAUAAUGAGAAUGUUAACAACUUUUUUAAAGAAUUAGUGAAAAAUCAUGAACCUUCUACUUGUCGCAUUUACAGUCAAGCAUUAACAUCCUAUGCUCGUAAGAUACUUUCAGCACACCAAAUUAGGGAAGUAUUACGACAAAGAAUUAAAAAGGCUGGAAUUAAAAAGUGGGUCAGUCCCCAUACUUUUAGGAGAAGUUUUGCGACUUUGUUGAAUAAUAGAGGGGCACGGCUAACGACAAUUCAGACCUUAUUAGGACAUAGUAAUAUUACCACGACAGCGAAUUAUAUUCACAACGAUUACGAUUAUUUGUAUGCGGAUUAUAAAAAUAAAAAGGACUACACCUUAAAGGAAGUAGUUUUUAACACUGUCGCAAGUGCGAGAGAAGCUGAAACACAAGCGGACGCGGAUAAAUUAUGUAAGCGAUUAGGAGUUAUAGAAAGCAAUUUAGACGAAUAUUUUGGACUAGAAUUUAGCGACCCACUAGGGCAAUUUUCAACCGCUCGCCUAUCUUACGAAUACAAGCAAGAGCAAGAAAAGAGCAAAAUAAGCCGAAAUGAACCCGCACGACAUUCGAUAAUUUUGAUGGGCGGGUUUGGUGCUAUCGCAAGAAAGAAAUUAACGAACACGAGCAAGAAUGACCGAAAGGCUAUUAUUGCUAUGGAUGCUUACAUUGACAAGGAAACCGAGGAAACCCGCCGAGCGAUAGCAAAUUAUAAAGAAAUGAUAAGGCAAAGCGAGAUAUUAAAGGGAUAUUUGGGAAAAAUAGCCAAUGACCGAUUUAGUGAGGAAUAUUUAAAUAGUAGGGUGCGCGAUUAUCUAAAAGUUGAAAGCGAAAAAAACGCCUACUAUGACGAGAAAAUAAACUCAAAAGAAAAUUAUUUGGGACAGUUAGCCAAAUGA